GCUGAGUGGCAGGUGGCAGAGGCAGAAGCACUGAUCCACACACUGGGUGGCUGGUCGGUGGCGGACAGGAUGGUGGUACCCACCAAAACACCAGAUGGGAAGCUCAUCUUCGGCAGAGGGACCUUAAAGAACCUGACAGAGAAAAUCAGAGGGUCGCCAGAAAUCACAGCGGUCUUUCUGAAUGUGGAGAGGCUGGCCACGCCUACCAAGAAGGACCUGGAAGCCACCUGGGGUGUGCAGGUAUUGGACCGAUUCACGGUCGUCCUCCACAUUUUCCGCUGCAAUGCCCGGACCAGGGAAGCGCGGCUGCAGGUGGCCCUGGCCGAGCUCCCCCUUCUCAGGUCCCAGCUGAAAAGCAGCAUUGCCCACCCGGAUGGACGAGGAGGGGGCUCGCGCUACAUCAUGGGGUCAGGAAGGCGAGGCAGCGGCCUGUGGGAGAACAGGUCAGGAGGAUCCCGGCGAGAAGAUGUCAGAGAAUCGUUCAUGCAGCUGCAACAGCGCCUCUUGAAGGAAAAGGAGAUGAAGAUCCGGAAGGCCCUGGAGAGACUGAGGAAGAAAAGGCGUCUCCUGGGGAAGCAGCGGAGGCGGCAGGAGUUUCCUGUGAUCUCUGUGGUGGGAUACACAAACUGCG